UACGGAAAAUAUUUUAUACGUAAACUAUUCGAAGAAUUUUACGGUCUCCGUUUCUAUUAAAACUGCAAAAAGUAGAUAUAUACCUAAUCUCUCAGUGGAUCAAAAGCUCAAGCUUUAAAACUCUUGUUACAGUUAGCAAUGUCUCAAGAAGUUGAAGAAACACUAAAGCGUAUCCAGUCGCACAAGGGCGUUGCGGGGACGAUUGUGGUUAACAAUGAAGGCAUUCCAGUGAAAAGCACUCUUGAUAACACGUCCACCGUGCAGUAUGCCGGUCUGAUGAGCCAGCUGGCUGACAAGGCUCGGUCAGUAGUACGCGAUUUGGAUCCUUCGAAUGACCUAUCCUUCCUUCGGGUGCGGUCGAAGAAACACGAAAUCAUGGUGGCUCCCGAUAAGGACUUUCUAUUGAUCGUCAUUCAAAAUCCAACGGAUUGAACUGGUCGUGUUCCAGUAUGAUGCACUGAGACAAUAGGAUAUGUGUCUCUUCUCAUGCGUAUUCUUUUAAAAUUUAUCGUUCGUUCCGGCAGCCUUUCAUACGUUGUUUUGUGAUAUUCCAUCUGGAAUUUGUGCCUAAUUUAUGGUUCUGUUGCAUUAUAAAUUCCUUUCAAAUAACAACAUAAUCCAACUCCAUUAUUCGAAGAUGUUUUUACUCAGCGAUUUUAUUGAUAGAUUUUCUAUAAAAUCAAACAUUAGAAAUAUUGUUACAAUUCACAAACGUUUUCCUUAAAUCCCACGGCAUUAAAAUUCAAAGCCACGAAUUGUACUUCUCGUCUGUCGCUGAUAUUUUCUGUUCCUUUUAAAUCUUCAAUAUCGUUCACUACUCGUCACGUAACAAUAAAUUACCCUGGAGAAGAUUGUUCUUAUGGGUUUGAAUGAUUGUGUCAUUUUUUUUUUUAAUUUACCCCAAGUGAGUUUUAAAAAGAUGACAAAUAACGUUAUACGAUGACAAAUAUAUUAGAAAUCAUAAAUGACUGUUUUGAAUGAGGAAUGAUUAUUAAUACACAAAAAGAAACAUUCG